GUCAAUUGAAACACGGCUAUUGUUGCAGCUCGUUCUUCACUCAUGGCGAACGGCGAGAUAAACGCUCAUGAGGAUGCACCUCUGCUGGGUGAAUAUGAGCGCGAACGCGAACCCAUCUUCCCCAGCGAUGACGAGGCCGCGCCUCCGAUAAUCAACGCAGCACGAUGGCAGGUAAAGACGAGAAAAUCAAUAGUCAGAACCAUCGCAAUUGUGCAAUGCGCCAUCAUCGGCACUGGCAUGCUGCUGCUUAUUCCUCUCUAUCGCCUUAUUGAGGACAGCGUCUGCCACGUUUAUUACGGCGACGACUCGUUGGACUUGAUCGAUGAGAUGAAGUGUAAAACGGACGAGGUCCAGGCUCAGAUGGCAUAUCUGCUUGGAUGGCUGGGGCUUUUUCAUUCUAUAAUGAGCCUUCUCUCGACGUUUCCCUUUGGCAUGCUUGCGGAUAAGAUUGGUCGCAAGCCGACGAUACUAUUAGCUUCCGUCGGCAUGGCAUUAGGGCCAAUCUCUGGCCCGUUUAUGCUCGGAUUUUUCCAGUCUACAGUCCGCAAGAAUCCUUACAUUCUCAUGAUCAGCUCACUCGCGCUCUUGAUCGGUGGCGGAAUCCAAGUUGUGCUGGCCAUGCUGUAUGCCAUGGCUGCUGAUGUUAGCUCAGAAAAGGAAAAAGCUGCUAGCUUCCUCCAACUCACGUUUGGUGCUACCGUGGGUGGUCUCGUCGGUCCCCUCGUCAAUGGAUUUUUGAUGCAAAAGUAUGGCCCCUGGGUCCCCAUCUGGGUUUCCAUCUCCUGCAUGCCCUUCAUCUUCCUAGCAUUCGGUUUCCUUCCAGAGACGCUCCCGGUUGACCGGAGAAUGAAGGGAGGCGACAGCGACCUAUCUGUUGAAUUAAUCAAGCGAAAAGUCGGCGCAGCCCUGGUCGAGCUCAGAAAAGCUCUGCGCCUGUUUGCAAACCCCAGCAUUCCUCUUGCACUCCUCACUUUUCUGUUCCAGGCCGCACGAUAUACCGCCUAUACCAGCACCAUCUUACAAUACGUCAGCAAACAUUUUGGAUGGCGCCUCGCGGAGACGAGCUUUCUCCUGUCGCCCUUUGGACUUCUCAACUUGAUCGUUCUAGCUGUUCUCCCUAGGAUCUCCACACUUCUCGUGUCACCCCGUUUCGGUUACUCUUCCUUUAAGAAGGACCUGCUGUUGACACGAUACUCUACUGUGUUGCUCUUUAUUGGCGCUAUUGUUGAAGGCUUCAGCCACAACAUUGUGUUAUUCAUCAUCGGUCUGUUCAUCGAGACCUUUGGAGCAGCCGUUAGCCCUUUGGCGCGAGCCACCAUAACACACUACGUCGACCCAGAGCAUACUUCUACACUCUAUGCUCUGAUCAGCACAACUGAGAUUUUCGGCACCUUUAUCGGAGGACCGGCGCUGGCAUGGUGCUUCGAUAUGGGCUUGCAAAAGAAGGGGCUCUGGAUCGGCAUGCCCUGGUUUUACAUUGCACUGCUGUGUCUUAUUGCCUGGGUUGGACUCUUAUUUGUGCAGCCCCCGCCAGCAAAGCGUAGUUCAGGCAAUGGAAAUGGCGAUGACGAGCUAGUUAGCUCUCAUGAGGAUUAGCUCAAGGUGCUGCUUCUGUAAUAGAUAUAUUCCUUUUUUUUUCUUCGUUCUUUUUCUCAUAGUGUAUAUAAGCGGAAGCUUCAGACGUGAAUAAACAGAGAUAAGUAAACUCUGAUGCAUUCAAUAUCUC